GACAAUGACUUCCAAAUCAGUCGCUACACCGGCUUUGGAUCCAGCUUUUCAACAGCUGACAGCCUUUGCUUCCGUCCAUAACUUCAUAUUGGUCAAGGGGCAGGCUGACAAGCAGGACCUUGCUGGGUAUAAUAUACCGAAACUCAAAGAGCUCAUCGUGGCGUAUCACAAUCUGUACCGUUCGAAGCAUGGUGCACCUCCGCUGGUUGCUGACCCGGUUAUGGAUGUGGCGGCCAAGCGUUGGGCAGAUGAGAUGGCGAAGAGUGGGUGGAUUUCCCACGAGAAGCCUAGAAAAUACGGCGAAAACGUGGCCAUGUUUUGUCAGUCUGGAUGCUGGCCGUUGCCCCAAACACUCGCUCAAGCUAUGGUUCAUUUAUUCUACAUCGAAGGAAUCGGUUAUGACUAUUCGAGCUUCAAACCCGAACUGUUGAAGGAAAACGGGCAUUUCACCCAAAUCGUCUGGAAGAGCUCUCGAAAGAUCGGAGUCGGCAUCUCCAUCGGAAAAUCGUCCCAGCCGCCAUAUAUUCCGACAAUGUUUCAUUGUGUCAAGUUCGACCCGCCUGGAAACGUCCUAGCUCAGCAGUACUACUUGAGCAAUGUCCAACGCCCGACGGCUUAGAAUAAUACUGAAUAGUGUUUGAAAAUUUAUUAGAAAUACGUUUUCACAUUAAUAGUUACUCGAUU